AUGGGGAGGAUAUUUGUGGUGGAUCUUGAAGGCAAAACUUACAACUGCAAAUUCUGCAAAACCCAACUUGCCCUUGUUAAUGAUCUUAUUUCGAAGGAUUUUCUUUUCCUCAUGGGAAAAGCAUACAUGUUAAGAAAUAUGAUUGUUGGCUGGAAAUUUAUGGCAAUCCUAAAUGGCAAAAAUCACAAGUAUAAAGAAGAGAAAUUUGUUCUUGAAAUAGGAAGGAUUGUUGACUCUGAAUUUUAUAUUGAUAAUACUAGCCAAAUAUGA